AUGAGGAGAGAUCAGAGAAGUCCAAAACAGGAUCCAAUUUUGAGUUCUCAAUAUGUUGUAUGCGAGGAAAGGUACAACUGCCGUUUUGAAGCACUUGAUCGGACGCUCAGGAAUCUUAUGUCAGUUACCGAUCAACAUAAGACACAUAAACCAUUUGGUGGUAAGAUUGUUGUUCUAGGAAGUGAUUUCAGACAGAUACUUCCGGUGAUUCCGAAAGGAAGUAGACACGAUAUAUUAGCAUCCGCUAUUAACUCAUCCCAAUUUUGGUCAUUUUGUAAGAUACUUGAUGUUGGAAAUGGAAAUAUUAUCUCUGUUGUUGGUGAUGAAUCAGAAGUUAAAAUUUCAGAUGAUCUAUUGAUUACAACUACUGAUGAUCCUCUCUCUCAUUUGGUAGACUUUGCAUAUCCAAAUUUGUUGCAAAACAUGUCAGAUUACAGAUAUUUUCAGAGUAGAGCAAUUCUUGCACCCACACUUAAGAGUGUCGAGAAGGUAAACGAUUUUGUCUUGACAAUCUUUUCAGGGAUGGAAAAGGAGUAUUUGAGCUCUGACACAACAUGUCAAGCUGAUGAGAAUGAAGAUGUAAAACAAGAGUGGUUCACAUCAGAGUUUCUAAAUGACAUCAAAUGUUCGGAACUCCUCAAUCACAAGUUGACUUUGAAGCCAGGAGUCGCUGUAAUGCUACUGCGAAACAUAGACCAGACUUCAGGUUUAUGCAACAGGACAAGAUUAAUAGUUAACAAACUUGGCAGCAACGUAAUUGGAGCGACGGUAGUGACCAGUAGAAAUAUUGGAGAUAAAGUGUACAUUCCAAGAAUGAACUUGAUCCCUUCAGAUUCAGGAUUGCCAUUUAAGUUCCAACGGAGACAAUUUUCAUUAACAGUAUGCUUUGCAAUGACCAUUAACAUGAGUCAGGAUCAAUCAUUAUCACAUGUACGGCUUUAUUUGCCAAAAUCAAUGUUCAUCUAUGGACAACUUUAUGUUGCUUUGUCAAGAGUUAAGAGUCGCAGUGGCCUCAGGGUUUUAAUUCUAAAUGAAGAUGGCAAUCCAAAGUCAUCAACAACAAAUGUCGUUGUUAACUCCCUUCGGAGAAUGAAAUCUCACCAUGUUGAAUUGCUGAUUGCAGGUUUCUCUGAUGAAAUGCUGGAACUGCUCCUGUUCGCGCUGCAAGAUUUGAGGAACUCCUUGAAGGAACGCGGCUCCAAUCUCAUGAUUAGAUUCGGGAACGCAGAGCACGUCAUACAACAGCUUGCAUCUGAGGUGAAUGCCAGUUGUGUAUUUGCAGAACAAGAGGUGGAGUAUGAAUUGUACUUGCUUUUGGAUGUUGUGAAGGAGUGUAUGAAAUCUGUCACGGUUCGAGAACGUGCUCCUAGGAUUGAAUUAUGGAACACUCCAUUUUAUGAUGUAAAUGUUCUGCAAAAUCUUCCUGCAUCGUAUGAUGACUUUAAGAAACUUCGACUACCUGUAACUGAACCACUUCAGCUGUCAAAAUUACCUGCUGCAGACAUGGAACUGGACUGGGGUACUCUUCCUGUAUAUGAUGAUGUAAAGAAUUUCAUUACCAGCAACCAAGGGAGAUUGAGAGAGAGGUGGAACUCAAUCAAGUUGACAUCAGCUGAAACCUUAUUACGGAAUAAAAUAAUGAAGUCUAGUGAAAGCAGUGAAGGAAGUUAUGACUCUAGGCAACUGCAGUCAAAGAAAUCAAAUGAAUCUGUUUUCCUGUCACAAAAAGGUAAUGCUGUAGGAGGUGGAACAAACAAUGUAUUAAAUGCCUUGGCUGCAUAUUUGAGAUAUUUCGAGGGAACAGCUCGUGAUGACUGGCAAGAGAUACAUGAAAAGGUACGUGCUUCUGAAAGUCGGAAUGGAGCAUCAUUUAUUGCACUUUUUGGUCCUGCUCUAUCCCUUGGCAUUAUAUCUAGAAGAAGUGUACACUAUGAAGCUAUCAAAUAUGAGAGAGAACGAAAUGCAGGAUUUAUAUCUCCCUUUGGAUAUUCAGCUACCACAAUUGCAGGAGCAGUUGAUGCUGUGUGCUCAAAGGAGUGGUACUGGCUUAUGGCUUUGAGAAAUCAAACAAAUAAUGAUGGGAUACACUCAACACGGAUGUGGAAAUGGAAUGGUUUUCUUAUUCAGUAUACAGUUGCUGGCAAUGAUGGUCCUGCUGUUGUUCUUGUGCAUGGAUUUGGCGCUUUCGCAGAGCAUUACCGUGACAACAUAAAUGGUUUAGCUGGAGCUGGAAAUCGUGUUUGGGCUAUUACAUUGUUAGGAUUUGGCAAUUCAGAAAAGCCAAAUAUUGUGUAUACUGAACUCUUGUGGGCCGAACUAGUGAGAGAUUUUAUUGUUGAUGUUGUGGGUGAACCUGUCCACCUUGUCGGGAACUCAAUUGGUGGUUAUUUCGUAUCCAUUGUUUCUUGUCUUUGGAAUGUUUUGGUCAAAUCUGUAGUCCUAAUCAACAGUGCUGGCAAUGUCGUCCCUAGUUAUACAUACAUACCUUUACCUGAAGAUAGAAAAACUUCCGGCGCCUCCUGGUUGGGCUCUCGUGUUCUUCUACUAUAUUUGAGGUUACGGAUUCAGGAGUUAGUUAAGAAAUGUUAUCCAACUCGGACAGAAAGAGCAGAUGAUUGGCUCAUAAAUAAAAUGCUAAGAGCAUCAUAUGAUCCUGGUUCUCCUGUGGUCGUGGAAAGCAUCUUCAGUUUUAAUCUUUCCAUACCUCUUAAUUUUCUUAUUGAAGAAUUCAGGGAAAAGGUUCUGAUUAUACAGGGGAUGAAAGAUCCAAUUUCUGACUCCAGUUCCAGGGUGGCUACACUGAAAGAACAUUGCGAUGGACUUGUAAUUAAAGAAUUGGAUGCUGGCCAUUGUCCGCACGAUGAGGUGCCAGAACAAGUGAAUGAUAUCCUUUAUGAGUGGAUACCUAGGAUUGAAAGCCAAAUUUUGACAGGGUCCCCAGCUUAAAGUCUAUUGAUGUAUAUAGCAAAAUGUAGAUGUAUAUAAUCAUUAAUCACUAUUCAUUAUUACUAGAACAUUUUAUAAUUUAAUUUUCUUUCUUACUUAUUCAUAUAAAUUUUAGUUUGAAUUAAAUUGGUCCAUUUCUAAAAA